CAGGACAUACCAAGUUUAAAGUAGAUGGUAAUUUUGGGAUGAUUAAAAAGAAAUAUCGGAAGUCAACCAUUUACGGUAAAGAGGAUUUCGUUAAAGUAGUUGAAAGGUCUAGUUCCCUAAAUAAAGUUCAAUGCUACAAAGAUGGUGAGGGAUUUAAUGCUGAUAGGUUGGGAGUAGUUAAAGUUAAAGAGUUUAUAGAUA